UGCGCGCACAUACGGUUUUUUCGCCUAUGUAUACGAAUUCUUUGGCUACAAAAUAUUAUAAAGCAGUGCAAAACAGGGUAUAGGAGUGCGCGACAGCAAAAAAAAGUUGGAUGUAUGUGAAUUUGGUGCUAUGUACCGGGCCAAAUCCCUUAAAAAUAUGUUCCUUUUUUACACUCACAGUACAGUGAAAACACUAGCACCAUACACGAUAAAACUGUUUUAUUUCAUUCUCUCCCUUGCUGUUCACUAUCUUUGAACUAAAUAAUUACUCGAUUGGGGAUAAACGACUACUGAGCACCCUCCCGGAAAAAGUGAGAUCGUAGCGUGUUGCGUUGAUAUGACUCCACAUAUCAACGGAGCACGUUAGUAUGUCCGCUCCCGCAUUGGCCUGUCGAGCAUCUAUCCGCUCUGUGAGUGGCCAGAUAUCACCCAACCGUAUUUGCACAAAACCACUAGGCGUGAUCAUAACAAAGACGCUAAUUGGCUCAAUAUUAUCCAAUUGGGAAAUUAAUAGUCAAUUGGCACGGCAUUUUAAAAGCAGCCAAUGCCAAACAUUUUUUGCAAAAUUUCUUAUUAAUAAAAAAUAAAAAGAAUUAAAUUUUUUGGAGUUUUUUUGCGACCCAGUUUUCCGUUUUAACUUAAUUGUCAAUUUUGUGUUGGUGGUUUAUGUGGACUAUGUGGAGUCUAUUGUGGACUGCUUUUUUUUCAUUUAUUUUAUCCAUACGGUGCAGGCCUGUGCGGAGCUCCGCUGACGGAAUAGCACCUAAAACCAGCAUCGACUCAUAAACAAUCUACACUGUGGUUGUCUCUAAAACAAAAAAGUCAAAAUUACAACGAUUAAUGCAGUCAACUUACCUUUGAGGCGCUGUUUGAAGAAAAGCAGCUACAAGGAGCUCCUACAUGUUGAGCCGUUGUAGUCCCAGACUCCCAGUUACCUGUCCAUUCAAACAUCUAGAAGACACUAUCGCACAGUUCUUACUACGUAAAGCUUGAAAUUUACCUUUCGUAAUAAUGAAAAUCAUCAUGAUAAAAGAAGCUCGCUUCUUCAUCGAUUUCGAUGCCAGCACGAUCGAUGCCCAGCGGAUCUCCAUUAAACAUAUCUGGCCACAUCAUUUCCUUUCCGCACAAAAAUCCAUCCAUCGAGGCGAAUCAACCCAGGUGGCUCCGCGGGAGCACGCAGGUGGGCCGGUAGUUUUCCGAACGUGUACGGUCACCGAUCAGUGGGACGCUUCCGUCAUCGUGCGCGUGGGCAGUCCAAACUUGGCCGAGAAGAAUUCAACGAACCGCAUCGUACAUCGCAAUUAUUUCGCCGAAAGUCUGCCAGCAGUUGACGAUGGUGAGAAUUUCUUCCGGCGGACUACCGGGUAUCAGUACAAGAAACAUGUCGUUGCGCUUUCGGACGCUCAUUUGCUGUCUGGAGCAGAUUUCCUACCGACUUUCCUGGGCCAAACCUCCCAUCUAGCACUGAACCGGAAAUCUGAUUUGUGUGAUUCAAACUGCCCCUUUCGAAGAACAGUUGCUACUGACAGGAGCGUUUUCGCUUGUGUGGGUAAAGGUGCUCAUCGCCGGCAGACAUAUACUAUAGAUUUGGGUUGUCGCGUGUUUGUGCGGGUCGAACAGGAUACGGUCACCUUCGUUUGUGCUGAAAUGCAUGGCGACGCAGCGGGUCGCAGCAUGUUCUGGCACAAAGUUUCUGUAAACAGAGCGUGCAAAAACUACAUCCGUGAGAAGCAAAAAACUGCCUGCAUUGACUUGGAUAGGACGGCGGGGAGCGUGCUGCAGCCUGAUACGGAAGAAAUGCCCAUCAGCGAACUGCCGCAUCCCAUAAUAAAAGAAAUUUUGUUUAAUUUGGAUGUGGAUUCACAGGUGCAGACGAGCCGAGUUUGCGCUCUGUGGCGGCUUCUUUCCCGGAACUGCAUUAAUAACCGUCACUUCAUCUUCGAUCUGUGCUCGACGUGCCAGAAAAAGCCACAUGAAGAUGCGUCGUUAAAAUGCUACAGUGAUUACCGCAGCUACAAACUGGUAACCGUGUUGGACGGCAUCCUUCCUGGACGCACGCAUACGCUAACGCAAGACGGAAAUCACGUGCACACUUCGAGGGAUGCAUUUGUCCAACAGCGAAUGUGGACGGUGCAACGAGUACUUGAAGCUAAAGGCAUUCGGCUGCCUGUAGUUAUUGUAAAGAACGGCCGCGAUUGCAUUGAAUCGCCUCUCCUGACCGUCUGUCACGAUUCCGACACCGACACAUUCGAAUAUCCGUCGCUGUCCCCGAUGAUGUCGGUUUGUGAAGAGCUGGUGCUGAGUAACUACAACGCGUGGGAAGCGAUCCUCAGAUCAGCGCUGGAGAUUUUGCAUUGGGAUACUGGUACUACGUCUGCUUUACCCUUGUCCGAGAUGGUGUUUACUCGUUGUGAGUAUGACGGUCGGUGCGAUAUUAUCAUUCCGCUUCUGCGCUUUCGCGCGGCGCAGACGGCCGUAGAACAGUCCCGACUCUUUCUGGCAGCAGCAAACCAACACUGCAUGCCCGCUAGUCAGCGCGUUUUGGGAAAGGUCACAGCAAUACACGGGCGCUGGGUGCAGACGUUGGCCUACCCGGAGGAGUGGAUCAGCAUUCGUAUUUUCUUGAAGCUGUUCAACAGUUUCCAUCGGAAUUAUCAUCCACAACAUUGGAACACGAUGGAUCUCCGGCUACUGGACGUAACCACUUUGACCAACGUGACCUUCGCAGUUCUUGAUGCAUUCUUCGAAGACUGACGCAGCCGCUAGCACAAAAAUCUUUCUGGUUAAUUACAUAGAAUUUUUAUGGUUUGAACAAUUUUAAUUUCACAUGUCAAAUGAUGCUGCACUUAUUUCCCGAAGAAUGUCCCUUUCCGGAAGUGAUUCAUGGGCGACGGAGAUGAUAAAUGCA